GAUAGGCUCUCCAAAAAAUAACUAAUUCUUUAAUGAAUGAAUUACAUGUAUUUGUAUUUUACCAAAAGAAUAUCAAACAAAUUUUUUAGUACUACUGCCAUUCUUAACAAACAUUUUUCUCCUGAUAAUAUUUUCUCCCCUCUUAAUAAAGUCAAAUUUCAAGAAUGCUCUAACAUAGAUCAUCGUUGGACCUACAAUGCCGAUCAUUUAAUGAAAAUCAGACAAGCUGCAGUUCUAGUUCCUUUAUGCAUAGUUGAUCCUGCUGAUUAUUCCUUGGAAAACGUACAAAUCCCUCUGAUACCCUCAAGUAGUAUACUUUUUAUAAGACGUACCAAAUUUUUAUUCCGCAACAGUGGUGACAUAAGUUUUCCAGGUGGUAUUUUUGAAAUUGAUAAAGACCAAUCCCUCAAAGACACAGCUUUAAGAGAAACAUUGGAAGAGGUAGGCUUAAAUCCUGAUCGCAUUGAUUUAUGGAGUGAACUAAAUCCUUUCCCAAGUCGUGAUUUAAAAACACUCAUAACUCCAUUCGUUGGUUUUGUAUCUGGAGGUUUUAUCAAUGAAUCACAGCUUAAAUUAUGUGAAACUGAAGUUGAACAAGCUAUAUUUGUACCUAUCAGGGACCUAUGCAAUCCCAAUAAUAUAGCACAUACUCAAUACAAAAUAGCAGGCAAAAUGACUUACUCACUCCCUAUAUAUUUUGUUAAACCUCCCAAAAAUAACCAUAAUAAAUUUAUAGAUAUUAAGAGUAAGUCAUUGGAAGAUUCUAAAAUCAGGAUUUGGGGUCUUACUGCUAUUAUUCUUCACCAUGUUUUGAAAAUUUUGUUACCACCCAGUGUUUAUGGAUACAAAAUUCCAUUAAUACCCAAAAUUGAAACGAUCACAAACAUUUAAAGCUGUAUAUAGAAAAAAUACAUCUUUUUAUAUUAUUUAUAUAUAUAUAUUUAUUUGUAUAUGUAAUUUUUAUGAUGUUUUCAUUCCACAUAUGUGAUAUAA